UUAGAGCUUUCCUUUGGGUGUGUGAACAGUGGGCCAGUUGCCAAUAAAAACGACCUUUUCCUUGGUGAAAAUAAAUAAGAAACUCUGUGUAAAGAUUAGGCCGAUCUAGACGUGAUUGCGAAAUGGAAAAGCGAAGUGAAGCGCCGAUAAAAAGCACAAAGUUUCGCAAGCUGAGCGAUGUGGACAUGAUGGAGGUGCAGCUGAAUAGUUUGGAGGAGCCCAGAUCCAAGGAUGGUGUGGAAACUGGAAGCUUUCAAGGAGCCGACGAGUCGGCUCACAGCGCAAAUAGUCCCUCGCAGCAAACCAAGUGGUUCAGAUCCCGACUCUUUAUCAUAUCCGUGGUUUUCUCGGCCCUCUUGAUGACAGCUAUGUGCAUUGGCUUUGUGGUGCACUACGGAAUGGCCGGCGAUGUGGGCGACAUGGAUGAGGUGACCUAUUGGCCCGUUAAUCUGCCCAGGGAACAGCAGGAGUGGUACGACCAAGGAAUAGGCGAGCUAAAGAAGGCCGUUACCCGGGAAUUCAAUCGUCGACGAGCCAAGAACGUGAUACUCUUCGUGGGCGAUGGCAUGGGACCGAACACGGUGACAGCAGCUCGGAUAUACGGAUUCAAGGAGGAGGGACUCCUCAGUUGGGAGCGCUUCCCGGACAUGGGACUGCUGAAGACCUAUUGUGCCGACAAGCAAGUUCCGGACUCCUUCUCCACGGCUACGGCCCUUUUUGGCGGCGUCAAGGUCAACUACGAAACGGGCGGCGUGGACGCGAAUGUGCCGCUGGGAAACUGUGCCGCCUCCUUGCAGGAGGACCAUCAUGUCCAGACGAUCCUCAAGUGGGCCCAGGUGGACGGCAUGCGAACGGGAUUCGUGACCACCACCCGGGUAACUCACGCCACUCCGGCUGCCCUCUAUGCCCAUGUGCCGGAUCGUCGGUGGGAGUGUGAGACCGGAAUGAAAGCUGAGGACCGGGAUCAGGGCUGUAUGGAUAUAGCGCGUCAGCUGAUCGAACAGCCUACGGGUCAGAAAAUCAACGUUAUCAUGGGCGGUGGUCGUCAGAUGCUGGUGUCCAAUGUCACCGACUCACCCGCCGAUCCCUUGGACACUUGGGCUAGCAAAUCGGCGGACGGACGAGAUCUCAUCCAAGAUUGGAGGCGCAAGAAGGAGGAUGAGGGUGUCUCACAUGCCGUCGUACAAAAUAAUCGUGAGCUAUGGAAUCUCAAUGGUCAGGACACUGACUAUCUGCUGGGCAUUUUCGCCAAUGGACACCUUAUGUACGAUCAUGAACGGGAUCGCAGUGAAUCCGGCAUGCCUUCGCUAUCCAAUAUGACCCUUAAAGCGCUGGAGGUUUUGGGUAACAGUGAUAAGGGAUUCCUACUCGUGGUGGAAGCUGGCCUAAUCGAUCAAGCCCAUCAUCGGGGACAUGCACGCAAGGCACUUCACGAGGUUCUCCAGCUUAAUGCGGCCGUGGAGUCCACUCUUUCCUUCCUCAAAUCCACAGAUCGUUUGGACGAAACCCUGGUUAUUGUCACCGCCGAUCAUUCGCACAGUCUGACCAUCAAUGGCCACCCGGAAAGGGGAUCCAGUAUCUUGGGUUUUGCGGGAAAAUCAAAGACAGAGCAGACGCCCUACACCACGCUGACUUAUGGCACCAGCUAUCAAGGAUUUCAGGUGGAUCCUGUCACCCAAAAGCGUAGAGAUCCAACGGAAGACAAUACAUCCGAUUGGCAGUACACCCAGCAGGCAGCAAUAAAUACAGAUGAAAAUCUACAUGGCGGUUCGGAUGUCACCAUUCACGCACAUGGUGCCAUGUCCUACCUUUUCCACGGCGUCCAUGAGCAGAGCUAUGUAGCGCACGCCAUAUCCUACGCUCUGAGGAUCGGGCGGUUCCGGGAUAGUUCCAUUGCCGAAACACUGGCUGGGCUAACGCCUAUAUAGCUAUUACAACUAUUACUCAGAACUUACAACUUAUACUCAGAAAUAUUGAGAAAUUUAUAUAGGAAAACAAAUCUUGCCAAGCCUAUAAUUAGGUCUAUGGUUAUAUCUAGAACUAGAACAGGAAUUUUAGACUAAGUAAAGCGAUAUAUAGUUGGAUACAGGAUUAAAUGCCUGAUUAAAAUAAAUAGCAGUGGAUGCUAAAGAAUUUUAUAAAUUAAUGUUAUUUACCUAACCCAAUGCUAAAAAUCUUUCCAUUCUUUAAUUUUUGUAGCCAGUUCAACCUGUAAGAGAAUUCAUUAUCUCAAUCGCCAAAAUGAGAAUUACUUUAGAAGCCAACUGAGCGUGAUCUUAAAGGCUUGUGUUUUUGAAAAAUAAAUCCUAAUACAUUGUGUUUACUUAUUAAA